GCUCGCGGCCCCGCGCGCCGGGUCGGCGUGCGUGCGGCUGGAGCCUCAAGCGUUUCUUCCCCGCCCCGGCUUCAUCGCCGCCCGCGGCCCAGCUUCGCACUCCUCCUGCGCGAGGGCGGCCAAGGCCUGGCCAAGAGCCGCGCCUCCGCUCGCGCGAGGUGUCGUCCUUGGAGAAGAUGGAAGCGGAGAGGCGGCCGGCGCCGGGCUCGCCCUCCGAGGGCCUGUUUGCGGACGGGCACCUGAUCUUGUGGACGCUGUGCUCGGUCUUGCUGCCGGUGUUCAUCACCUUCUGGUGUAGCCUCCAGCGGUCGCGCCGGCUGCUGCACCGCAGAGACAUCUUCCGCAAGAGCAAGCACGGGUGGCGCGACACGGACCUGUUCAGCCAGCCCACCUACUGCUGCGUGUGCGCGCAGCACAUUCUGCAGGGCGCUUUCUGCGACUGCUGCGGGCUCCGGGUGGACGAGGGCUGCCUCAAGAAGGCCGACAGGCGCUUCCAGUGCAAGGAGAUUAUGCUCAAGAAUGACACCAAGGUCCUGGACGCCAUGCCCCACCACUGGAUCAGGGGCAACGUGCCCCUGUGCAGUUACUGUAUGGUUUGCAAGCAGCAGUGUGGCUGUCAACCCAAGCUUUGCGAUUACAGGUGCAUUUGGUGCCAGAAGACAGUACAUGAUGAGUGCAUGAAAAAUAGUUUAAAGAAUGAAAAGUGUGAUUUUGGAGAAUUCAAAAACCUAAUCAUUCCACCAAGUUAUUUAACCUCCAUUAAUCAGAUGCGUAAAGACAAAAAAACAGAUUAUGAAGUGCUAGCCUCUAAGCUUGGAAAGCAAUGGACACCAUUAAUAAUCCUGGCCAACUCUCGUAGUGGAACUAAUAUGGGAGAAGGACUGUUGGGAGAAUUUAGGAUCUUGUUGAAUCCAGUCCAGGUUUUUGAUGUAACUAAAACUCCUCCUAUCAAAGCCCUACAACUCUGUACUCUUCUUCCAUAUUAUUCAGCUCGAGUACUUGUUUGUGGAGGGGAUGGGACUGUAGGGUGGGUCCUGGAUGCAGUUGAUGACAUGAAAAUUAAGGGACAAGAAAAGUACAUUCCACAAGUUGCAGUCUUGCCUCUGGGAACAGGCAACGAUCUAUCCAAUACAUUGGGUUGGGGUACAGGUUAUGCUGGAGAAAUUCCAGUUGCACAGGUUUUGCGAAAUGUAAUGGAAGCAGAUGGAAUUAAACUAGAUCGAUGGAAAGUUCAAGUAACAAAUAAAGGAUACUACAACUUAAGAAAACCCAAGGAAUUCACAAUGAACAACUAUUUUUCUGUUGGACCUGAUGCUCUCAUGGCUCUCAAUUUUCAUGCUCAUCGUGAGAAGGCACCAUCUCUGUUUUCUAGCAGAAUUCUUAAUAAGGCGGUUUACUUAUUUUAUGGAACCAAAGAUUGUUUAGUGCAAGAAUGUAAAGAUUUGAAUAAAAAAGUUGAGCUAGAACUGGAUGGUGAGCGAGUAGCACUGCCCAGCUUGGAAGGUAUUAUAGUUCUGAACAUUGGUUACUGGGGCGGUGGCUGCAGACUAUGGGAAGGGAUGGGAGACGAGACUUACCCUCUAGCCAGGCAUGACGAUGGUCUACUGGAAGUCGUUGGAGUAUAUGGGUCUUUCCACUGUGCUCAGAUUCAAGUAAAACUGGCGAAUCCUUUUCGAAUAGGACAGGCACAUACAGUGAGGCUGAUUUUGAAGUGCUCCAUGAUGCCAAUGCAGGUGGAUGGGGAGCCUUGGGCCCAAGGGCCCUGCACUGUCACCAUAACUCACAAGACACAUGCAAUGAUGUUAUAUUUCUCUGGAGAACAAACAGAUGAUGACAUCUCUAGUACUUCGGAUCAAGAAGAUAUAAAGGAGACUGAAUAGAUGGAUGAGGGAGUGAAAACUUUGCAUAGAAUCCUCACGCAAGUAGAUGUAUGUUCAUCCAAAAGUAUUAAUAGAAAUUCUCUAUCAGCUAUUCAGUCUUAAUUUCACUAGUAGUAUUAUGGGUAUACAUUUUUGUAAAUAGCAUCCCCAAACCAGCCAGCCUUCAGUUAUUUACAAACAUUUGUUCCUUUUUCAGCAAAAUACUUCAAAUGAGUAGUAUUAACUUACGAAAAGUCAAAAAAACUUACAUGAGAGUGAAAAUUUGUUAUGACUGUUUUGAGAGUGGGACUCGCUCUGAAGUAUGUGCUGUCUCAUUUCUUAUUUUUGAACCAUGCAUAUGAUGGACGCACAAUGGAUGGACACAUUAUAUCUCCAACAAGGUGUGGGUGGAAAGAUCAUUUCCAUCUUCAUUUUUAAUAUGGUGACACCAUAGCAUUUUAAAAAUUAACCUGCUUUUUUGAAAGGAAAUGAUUACUGUCAAACCACCAUGGUUAAUCGUGGGCAUCCUCCUGCAGCAUGCCUCUUAAGAUUUUCUGCAACCCAAACCAAGUAUAUGUAUUGAUUUCUAGGAACCCCCAAAAGGAGAAUAGUAAAAAAAGAUCAUACUUAAAAUUUGUAUUAUAAUUUUUAUUUUAGGAACUUAUUCAGACACGUAAAUGUUGUUUAAUUCUGUAGGUAACCAUUUGAGCUGAAAUUCAGGAUCUUUUUGAUGACACCAGUGUAGCCAAAAGAGAAGCAGAUAAGUGAAUUGGUAAGAAAUAAGAUUCAGAGCACUUUGGAUUGUAAGUUAUAGGUUCUGAGCUGAACAGUUUAUCACCCUCUCUUUUUAUUAAAAGACAGUGUCAACACUUCAAAAAUUGUGCUUAAAGGAAACUUAAUGGUGAGAUUAAUUGCUUAGGAAAAGCUCAAGGCUGACUGAUAAGUUUUAAAACUUUAGUGGUCUAGUAGCAUUUUGAAAUACAGUAGUCUUUUAACAGAAUUUCCCCUUAGGGAGGUAAGUGGACAGAAAUCUUUGCUAAAAUGUUUAUAUCAUAUUUAUUUUAAAAUGAGAGAUAUAUAUUUUUAAAUUAUUUAUUAUUUACCUUGUGGUAUGAUACCUGUGUUUAGUGUUUACGUUCUGUAGCUUUAUUUAAUAAGUUAAAUUGAUCACAUAAAUUCUGCUAGUCACAAUCAGAUAGAAAUUUAGUCUAUUAAGUAAUUAAAAUUUUAAUUUAAAUCUCCUGACAGAUAUCUAGACAUUCUUAUUCUUCACAAAUAUUCCUCAUUGUAUUG